AUGAAGACCCAGGCGGAGCUGCUGCGCACGCGGCUGCAGCAGAUGGCGAGCGCGGCUGAAGGAGGGGGCGCAAUGGCGGAUGGAGGCGACGGAACGUGCAUGAGGAGAGGGGACAGCGGGUACACGGGGUACAAGCUCCCACCAUCGGAGCCAUCGGGCCAGAAGAGCACGAGCAGCUCCGUGCGCCACAACUCGACCUCGGAGCCCUCGGACCGACCUACGCCGCCCAGCGCCUUCGUGUGCCCAAUCACGCACGACCUCAUGGUCGACCCCGUCAUGCUCGACACCGGCCACACGUACGACCGCGUACCCAUCGAGCGCUGGCUCGCCCAGGGCAACAACACCUGCCCCGUCACCGGGCAGCGCCUCCGAGACACCGCUGAGCUCAUUCCCAACCAUGCCCUCCGGAACGCGCUCGAGGAGUGGGCUUCCGCGAGCGGCGUGCUCCUGCCCCCGCGCCCGCGCGUUCGCUCCAGCUACCUGGAGCGGGCCUCGGUGCGGGCGUCGGCGCACGAGGGCCGCGAGGCGGGCGACAGCAUCCUGCACGGGCACAGCGAGAUCAUCUGGGCGAUCCUCGUGCACGGCCCGCUCGUUUUCACGGCGUCCGCGGACCAGACGAUCCGCGUCUGGGACUCGACCAUUCGCCGCUGCGUCAAGGUGCUGCAGGGGCACACGCGGCCCGUGCUGUGCCUGACGGCGUCGGACACGCACCUGUUCUCCGGGUCGUACGACCACAACGUCCGCGUGUGGUCGUUCGACACGCUCGAGCCCGUCGCGACGCUGGCGGGGCACACGGACGCGGUGCGGUGUAUGGUGGUCGUGGACGGGAUGCUGUUCACGGCGUCGUACGACCACACCGUGCGGGCGUGGGCGACGGGGGCGGUGGGGGCGCUCAAGUGCUGCGCGAUUCUGGUCGGGCACGAAGGGCCGGUGCGCGCGCUGGAGGUGGUGGGCACGAAGCUGUUCUCGGCGAGCUACGACAAGACCGUGCGCGUGUGGGACGCGCAGACGCUGGAGCCCGUCGCGACCCUGGCAGGUCACACUGACGCGGUGCGUGCGUUGACGUCCGUGGACGGCCGGUUCGUGGUGAGCGGCUCCGACGAUAUGAGCCUGCGCGUGUGGGACGUCGAGACGCUCUCGUGCGUGGGCAUCCUCAUGGGCCACUGCGACAAGAUCCGCGUGCUCUGCCCGCUCCCGGGCGCGCGCUUUGCGAGCGGCAGUUGGGACCGCACGGUGCGCGUCUGGGACGUGGACGACAUGAGCUGCGACGCCGUCCUCGAGGGCCACACCGAGGCGGUCCUCGCGGUGGCUGCGAGCGGGAACGUGCUCGCGUCAGGCUCGUAUGACACUACGGUGCGGAUAUGGGACAUCGAGUCCAUGGAGCGCAUGCGGACGUGCCACGGACACGGCGACGCGGUGCGGGUGCUCGGUGCCGCUCCAGGCAUCGGGCUGAUGAUCUCCGGGAGCUACGACGGGUCGGUCGGGAUGUGGUCGUCGGAUGUGCGAUGA